UUGGAUAAUGAGAGACUAACAGCAGAGGAAAUGGAUGAAAGACGACGCCAGAAUGUAGCCUAUGAAUACCUUUGUCAUCUGGAGGAAGCAAAGAGAUGGAUUGAGGCGUGUCUGAACGAGGAGCUGCCUCCCACAACAGAACUGGAAGAAGGAUUGAGAAAUGGAGUCUACCUGGCCAAACUUGGAAACUUCUUCUCCCCUAAAGUGGUUUCUGUGAAGAAAAUCUAUGAUAGGGAGCAGACUAGAUAUAAGGCAACGGGUCUCCACUUCCGGCACACAGAUAAUGUAAUCCAGUGGCUGAAUGCCAUGGCUGAAAUUGGUCUUCCCAAGAUAUUCUACCCAGAAACUACAGAUAUCUAUGAUCGCAAGAACAUGCCACGCUGUAUCUAUUGUAUUCAUGCACUCAGCCUGUACCUGUUUAAACUGGGUCUUGCCCCCCAGAUUCAGGAUUUAUAUGGGAAGGUGGACUUCACAGAGGAGGAAAUCAGUAAUAUGAGGCUUGAACUGGAGAAGUAUGGUAUUCAGAUGCCUGCUUUCAGCAAGAUUGGAGGAAUUCUUGCAAAUGAACUUUCUGUGGAUGAAGCAGCAUUACAUGCUGCUGUCAUUGCCAUUAAUGAAGCAAUUGACCAUCAGGUUCCAGCUGACACUCUUAUGGCGAUGAAGAACCCUAAUGCCAUGCUAAUAAAUCUUGAUGAUCAACUGGAAUGCGCUUACCAAGACAUACUCUACAGAGCAAAGCAAGACAAAAUGGAGAAUGCUAAAAAUAGGAUUGCCUCAGAAAACUCAGAGAGAGAGAGAGAUGUGUAUGAAGAACUUCUAACUCAAGCUGAGAUUCAGGGAAACAUCAAUAAAGUGAACACACAUGCAGCCAUAUCAAAGAUUGACCUAGCUUUGGAACGAGGAGACGCAUUAGCACUGUAUGAAGCUUUGGCAACACCAGCCCUGGGACUCCGAGGGUUGCUACGAGAAAAUUGUGACUGGUAUUUCAAGCAGUUUUUGAGUGAUAGACAACAGAAACACGAGACUGGCCUUACAGGUCCUCUGCAGAAGGAAGAGUUGCAGUUGGGAGUGGAUGCUGCUAACAGGGCAGCACAACAGUAUCAGCAAAGGCUGGCAGCAGUAGCCAAAAUUAAUUCUGCAAUUCGAAUGGGUGAUGCUGAGAAGACUGUGGCAGAAAUUUUGAAUCCAGAGGCUCAGUUACCAGUCGUUUACGCAUUUGCUGCAGAUCUUUACCAAAGGGAGCUGGCCACCUUGCAGCAACAAAGCCCUGAAGGUAACCUCACCCAUCCAGAAUUAUCUGUUGCUGUAGAGAUGCUGUCUUCUGUGGCCCUGAUAAAUAGGGCGUUGGAUUCAGGGGAUGUAAAUACAGUGUGGAAACAACUGAGCAGUCCUGUCACAGGGCUUACAAACAUUGAGGAUGAGAACUCCCAGAGAUAUAUUGAUGAUUUGAUGAAGCUGAAAGCUCAAACAUGUGCAGAAGGAAAUGAAUUUAUCACGUGGAAUGAUAUCCAGUCCUGUAUUGAUCGUGUGAACACAGUUGUGCAUGAAGAACAUGAAAGGAUUUUGGCAAUUGGUCUUAUCAAUGAAGCUCUGGAUGAAGGGGACACCAAAAAGACUAUUCAAGCCUUACAGAUUCCUGCAGCAAAAUUGGAAGGUGUGGCCUCAAAGGUAGCACAGCAUUACCAGGAUACACUACUUAGAGCCAAGAGGGAGAAAGCACAGGACACACAGGAUGAAACAGCUGUACUUUGGCUAGAUGAAAUUCAGGAUGGGAUUCACAGGGCUAACAAGGACACAGAGGAGUCAGAGAGAUUCUCUUUAGGAAUUCUGGCCAUUAAUGAAGCAGUAGACCAUGGUGAUGUUAGUCAGACCCUGAGUGCCUUGCGUUCACCAGAUGUUGGACUAUACGGAGUCACUCCAGAAUGUGCUGAGACGUACCAGCGAGAGCUGUCAGAAUUCAAGAGAAGAAAAAUGGCAGCAGGGGGCAGUGGCAGUGAAUGGGUGAAACACUGGGUGAGAGGAGGCUAUCAUUAUUAUCAUAACCUGCGGACCAAAGAGGGAGGAUGGGAUGAACCAGCGGAAUUUGUGCAAAAUGACACACAGCUGUCACGGGAGGAGAUACAGAGCACCAUAUCUGGAGUCACUGCGGCAUACAACCGAGAGCAGUUGUGGCUGGCCAAUGAGAACCUGAUAACGAAACUUCAGGCUUGCUGUCGAGGAUAUCUCGUUCGCCAGGAAUUCAACUCAAGAAUGAAUUUUUUGAAGAAACAAGUCCCUGCAAUCACUUGUAUUCAGUCCCAGUGGCGUGGCUACAAGCAGAGGAAGGCGUAUCAGAUCCGUUUGGAUUACCUGCGAGCACAAAAGGACCAAGUAGUGAAGAUUCAAUCAAUGACCAGGAUGUAUCAAGCCAGAAGACGUUACAGAGAUCGUCUGCAGUAUUUCAGAAACCAUAUAAAUGAUGUUAUAAAAAUUCAAGCCUUUAUCCGAGCAAACAAAGCACGAGAAGACUACAAAACCCUCA